AUGCCUGCCUCUCAAUAACCCAACCACACGACGCGGCAAAAAAGGGAUAAACCCCAAUAUUCUUCCUGUUCUACCCAAUUCCCCGAAUCAUUUUUCUAUGCUUUCCUUCUAAUUUCUUCCUUUAUCCUUUUGCUUUCCUCCUAAUUACGCUAUCUAAUUUCAUCGGACUUCGAGAAUUUUGCGAUGGUGAAAUCCGCGGGGGAGCGGCAGGGAUCUUCGGUGGCGCCUUUUCUGAAGAAAUUGUACGAGAUGGUCGACGAUGAGGCAACCAAUUCCAUUAUCUCGUGGAGUCCGAGGGAUGAUAGCUUUACGAUUUUGGACAUGACUCAUUUCUCUGUCCACUUGCUUCCUAAGUACUUUAAGCACAGUAAUUUCUCUAGCUUUAUGCGGCAGCUUAACAUCUAUGGUUUUCGGAAAAUUGAGACAGAUUGCUGGGAAUUUGCAACUGAUGGAUUCGUUAAAGGACAAAAACAUCUGUUGAAGAACAUCUACCGAAGGAAAAACAUUCAGGGCACAGAUCAGCGUAAAGCGUCACAGCCCCAAGACAAUUCUGAGGGACAAGGUGAACUACAUGAUUAUACAGGGCUGUGGAAGGAAGUUGAGAAUCUUAAAAUAGAUAAAAAUGCUGUAAUGCAGGAAUUGGUUAAACUUAGGCAGCAGCAGGAAACUUCAGAGAACAAGAUGCUCCUAUUGAGAGACCGCCUUCAAGGUAUGGAAAAGAAUCAACAGCAGAUGCUAUCAUUCUUAGUAAUGGCAGUGCAAAGCCCUGGAUUUUUGGUUCAGUUUCUUCAACCAAAAGAGAAGAAUUGGCGCAUGGCUGAUGCUGGCAAUAUGUUAGAACAAAUUCCAGAUGAUAAUCAAGUACCUUCAAAUGGUUUGAUAGUCAGGUAUCAACGUCCAAUAGAUGAACUGCCAGCACCUCUACUUCCACCAGUGUCGGGUCUGGGGAAACAACAAGAAUCUGAUCCAUUCCCUGAUGGAAUGAAGGACUUUUUCCUUAAUUCCGACUUCAUGAAAGUACUUAUGGAUGAAAAGUUGGACAAUCACAGCCAAUUUGUUCUACCAGAUGUACAGGAUGUCGCAUGGGAGCAGCUUCUUUUAGCGAGCACUGUUUCUUGUAAUUCAGAUAAUGUUAGAAAAGUUGACGACGAACGGGAGCCUAUGGACCAUGAGGACCAUGAACUGGAUAUGGAAACAAUUGAUACUCGAACUCAUGAAGAGAAUCUGCAAGAUUUCGAACUUCUAAUCAAACAAAUGGAGAAAGGUGAAAAUUUCGGGUUGCAACCAAGGUUGGAUGAAUCGUAUAUCGAGAAAUCAAAUACAGUUAAUCUUAUGGAACUUAUGGCAUCUGAUCAAGAAAUCCUAUAUGAAACACCGGCGAAGAUGCAAGGCCAUUAAAAGACUUAUAUGUUUUUUUUGGCGGAUUUAUGUUUCUUCAUGGAUUUAAAAUCUCAAAGAUCAGUAUAAGUUUCUUUUGUCUUCACCAUCCAUACCAAGUAACCAUUGGUUGGCUAUGAAGUUAUGGUGAUAAGGCUGCUGCUGCUGCUAUUUCAAUGUCUUGAGCAGAGUAUUGAAUUUCAAACAGGUUUAGGAAUUUCGGCCAUCUUUUUGUUGGUGAUAACCUCAAGGUAAUGUUUUUGUUUCAACUUGCAAGCAUUAUAUCUUGUGGGCAUUGUUACAAUUUUAAUGCACACACAGUCUAUAUAUAUAUAUAUAUUAUCAAUUUUGAAGAAGUGGUUUCUCAACUGCUUCUUGCCUGCCUUUGCCAUAAGUUUUUCUGUAUAGCUUGGCAGACACUCCUCUUGUUAUGAUCACUAGAUAUUAAAUUUAUUUGAUGUUCAUUAUCUCU